AUGUCAAGAUAUUACGACAGCGUUCAUCUAGCCAGCGACCAAAAGGAUUUGCUUAUUUCAUAACUUAAGGCCGAAAUCUUUGAGAUCCAGCAAAGAGAUAAAGACUAUCUAGCCCUUAGAGACCAACUUCACAACAUCCAAUCUAAGUAUAGACAUCUUCAAGAUGAAAAGGUAACUUUCAUUCAAAAAUUAACAACAACAUAGCUUCUUCAAGAUAAUGACUUCAGAGGAAAGCACGAGGGCAAUGCUAUGAGCAUUAUGGCCUUAAAAAAGGAAAUUGACGACCUUAGAUUCUUAUUGAAUGAGAAAUCUAGAGUUAAUAACGAUUAUCAAUAGGAGAUCGCUGCAAAUAGAGAUCAAAUUAACAGAAAAGAAGGAGAUAUUACUGGCAUUUAAAGAGAUCUCGCUCAUAAGUCAGACUAAGGCUAUCAAAUCAGAAAAGAUAUUGACAACCUUAGCUACGAAGUCUCAAAGCUUAAGGAGGAGAAACUUAAGGAUCUCGAUGAAAUUGCCAGAUUGAGAGAGCUCUCUGCCUACAGAGAGAGAGAAAACGGCGACUAAGCUCAAAGAAUUAGAGGUGUUGAUUAUGACCUCCUUAAGAAUCAAGAAAGAGCAUCAGAGCUAGGCAAACUUGCCGAGUCAAAGGAGUUCGACUUGAGAAGAACUUCAGAAGCUCUUGAUUCAGCUCAAAUUGAACUAGCCAGACUAAAGGACGAGUCUCAAAGACUUCAAGGUGACAACCUCGGUUAGCAAAGAUAAUACGAUAGAUAAAACGAGGAGAAAGUCGCACUUUUAAGACAAAGAGACUUAGAGUUGUAAAAGAACAGAGAGCUAAGCGCUCUUUUAUUCGAUCUUGAGAGUAAAAACAGAAGCAGAGACGAUCAAGUUAUUGUUAUCAGAAAAGAGCUAGAUGAUGUUAAGUUCAGCAACUCUAGUAUUCAUGAUAGAAAUAGUGACUUGAGAGCUGAGAUUGCAGCAUUAUAAUAGCACAUCGCAGUUCUUGAAAAUCAAAAUAAAGAGUUAAAUAGAGAAUUAGAAAAGUUCGUUGAGACAGACGAGUAGAUCAGAACCACUCUCAACAGAAGAGAAAGAGUAGUUGAACUUAGAUAAAAGACAGAGCAUGAGUUACAUAAGUCCAUGUACGACUUAGAAAGGUCAUCUCCUCAAAGAAGAUACAGAUGA